AUGAAUCCUAAAAUCGGAUCGAAACGACUUUUAUUGUAUCCAACAGCGUUAAGUACAACACCAAAUCAUAUUCGUUUUCGAUUGCUUAAUGCUGGCACAUCAAUAAAAACAUCCUUAGCUCUGCAUUAUGAUUCAUUACAACAAGUUGAUGUUUAUGGUAAUGGCAUUUAUGUAUCACCAAUAACAUAUUCAUCGCCGGGUGAUUCAAAUUAUUUUAAUAGAACAACACGAAGGGCAACAUUUUUAAUUGACGAUGCUACUGUUAUCGAUUUGAAAAUAUCUCAAUUAAUUGUAUUGGCAUUUGGUUUACCAUCUACAACACCAUCGGCAUUCUUUACAACUAAUCUUGUUGCUAAUCUUGUUGCUUUACUCGGUGUUUCUCCUGAUAUAAUUCGACGUGUUAACACUAUUUCAGCAAACAAUGAUACGUAA